AAGUGCGCAUGCGCGAUAUCUGCUGACAAGUCAAAGAAGACGAGGCUACUGCUUAGCAAAACAGCUAGAGUUAGUUUGUAGGAUUUCACGUCUAGAAAACAACUGGUUAAUCGACAGAACCCCAUUUAUUCAUUUUAAUAUGUAAAUAUACAUAUAAAAGGAUUGUAGGACAGUUUGGUGUUGUACUCCGUCGCUAAAAGAGAAUCAUGUGAUGUCCGGCGUGAUAUUCGCGGGUCGCGGAGUUCUGGUGGACGGAUAGACGGAGACGGAGUUUGACAGCGGUGGGUAAACGUCGCGGAUAAUCUGGGUGUGGUGUCAAAGUUUGAGUGACAGCUGAAGACACAGUCAGUAUUAUAGGAUGGCAGGAGUUUUUACCAUUGACCUGGAGUUAGAGGACUUGAGUGAUGCGGAGGAUGAAGACUGCAAUUUCACAGUAACAGAAACAGACAGUGUUCCAGCAAAAGAGGUGGAGCUUACUGGUGCCAAUGUGAACCGAGGCAGUGAGAGAGUGGGAGCUGAUUGCUUUGAGUUGCUCAAUGUUUUGGGCAAGGGAGCGUAUGGGAAGGUCUUCCAGGUGCGAAAGGUGCAAGGUGCUCAGACUGGCAAAAUAUAUGCCAUGAAAGUCCUGAGAAAGGCCAAAAUAAUAUGUAACGCAAAGGACACCGCACAUACUCGGGCAGAGCGGGAGAUCCUGGAGACGAUUCGGCAUCCGUUUAUCGUUGAACUGUGGUACGCCUUUCAGACCGGUGGCAAACUCUACCUCAUACUCGAAUGUCUGAGCGGUGGAGAACUGUUCAUGCAGCUGGAGAAGGAAGGGAUCUUUAUGGAAGACACUGCAUGUUUCUAUCUUGGUGAGAUAACGUUGGCUUUGGGACACCUGCACUCAAAUGGAAUCAUCUACAGAGAUCUGAAACCAGAAAACAUAAUGCUGAAUCAUGAAGGACACAUUAAACUGACCGACUUUGGCCUGUGUAAGGAGUCCAUUCAUGAUGGAAGCGUCACACAUACUUUCUGUGGUACCAUUGAGUACAUGGCACCUGAAAUUUUGACUCGUUCAGGACACAACAGAGCUGUGGACUGGUGGAGUCUGGGAGCCCUGAUGUAUGACAUGAUGACUGGAUCGCCCCCUUUCACUGCAGAAAACCGAAAGAAGACCAUUGAUAAGAUUCUGAAGUGUAAACUGAAUCUUCCACCGUAUCUCACACCUGAUGCAAAAGACAUGAUCAAAAAGCUGUUGAAGAAAAAUCCAGCACAGAGACUUGGUUCCAGCAAGGCUGACUGUGGGGAUAUACAGAAACAUCAUUUUUUCCGACAAAUCAAAUGGGAUGAUUUGCUGAACAAGCGCAUUGAACCACCAUACCUGCCUGCACUGCAAUCGGAUGAUGACGUGAGUCAGUUUGACAGUCACUUUACCCGUCAGACUCCUGUUGACAGUCCCGAUGACACCACACUGAGUGACGCUGCUGCCAACACAUUUGCAGGGUUCACAUAUGUUGCACCAUCUGUGUUGGAGAGUUUGAAGGAGGCGUUUUCCUUUGAACCCAAACCUCGACAGAUAUGCAGACAGAACAGCAGUCCACACACACCUCUGAGCUCUUCUGAGUUAUUUCGCAGCAGUAUUGAUGUAGAAGAGCCUCCCUCUGCCCAGAACAAGCCUCAUUAUCUUCAGAAUUGUGUUUCAGAGCCCAUCAAAACAUCAGGACGAAAGAAAAAACAUAAAGGCCAUCAAGAUGGCAGAUAAAAUGAACUUCAAUGUAAACUCUGCAGAUGUUUUUUUUGGUGUAAUGUACAGUCUGCAGUCAUUUCUACAUCUCUUCUGUUUUUCAUAUAAUCUAUAAUUUAAUCCAAAGUAUCACUGAUGUACAAUGCUUGUUCAUAAUGUUCAUGAGAUUAUGAAUACAAUCAAGAUUGUUACUACA